AUGGCUACAACCGCACCAUCCUCAUUCUCACCAGCAGCUCCGUGGGACCGUCUCCGAGCCUGGAUAGACGAGAAAGAAAACUGGGAGCGCACUCAUGGUGCUCCCGCCCCUCUCGUCCAACGUGAACUGGUCGCCGUGUCGAACCUCGUGCCGUUCAUGCAGGAGCCUCAAGUUGGUGAUGAAGACCAUGUCAGUAACCUGAUGAGAUUUAUUCAACUUAAACACCUUGCUCAUCCAACAUUCAUCGACGAAGGCCCCAUCGAUGUCAAGAUAAAUGGCCUGACCGAGAAACGAUGGAGGUGCUUUUGCUCCCUCGACCCAGACAAGGAACACUUCCCCCGAGAGGGCCACGGCUAUUCCGUUGGCGAGGAUAUCCCCAGUUUCAAGAGCAAGAAGUCUGCCAAGCAGUUCGCCGCCAAAAUAGCCCUCGAGAACGGCCUGAACAUGUGCGGGAGUGGCGUAGAAGAGAGAGAACUAUACCACCGAGUCAGCCACCUGGCCACCAGGCUAGGCUUCGGCACGCCCCAGUACCACGUCGAGCCCGACAUUGGCGGUAUUCCCAACUUCUACCGCGGGUGGGUGCAGUUUGAACCCUUGCCUGACAGGUUGGGUAACGUGGAGCGCGUUCUGGGCAGGACUGAGACCAAGGUGCAGAUUGCCGAGAGGACCUUGUCUAUUCUUGAGGGGAGGCUGAGGAGGAAACAUGAAAUAAUCGAUGAUAUGUUGAAAUGA